AUGGCCAGCCUGAAGAUUCUGUUCCUGGCUGUCCUUGUCCUCCUUGCCAUGACACUUCAGGCAACUGAGGCAGGCCCCUAUGGCGCCAACGUGGAAGACAGCGUCUGCUGCCGAGACUACUUCCGCCACCCCCUGCCCUCUCGUAUGCUGAAGUAUUUCUACUGGACUUCAGACUCCUGCCGGAGGCCCGGCGUGGUCUUCCUUACGGUCAGGGACCGGGAGAUCUGUGCUGACCCCAGGCUGCCCUGGGUGAAGAAGAUUCUGCAGAAGAUGAACCCAUGAGAAAGGGCCCUGCCCUGAUGACCGUGGCCUUGGCUCCUCCAGGAAGGCUCACAGAGCCCCACCUCUCGGCCGUUACAGCCGCCCCUCAACACAAGCCUGUGCCGAUGGAUCUCUCCGCAAUCUCUUAUCUCUGUGCCUGUAGCUGUCACCCUCAGAGGAGCCUCCACACUGUCACUCAUCUCCCCUCUUGUCCCUCUAACCUAUUCUCUGCCCCACCGCAGCCAGAGGGGCCACAAUCCUGGUCAGUUACUCUCCUGCUCAAAACUCUUCCAUGGCUCCCCAUUGCCCCAAGCUGAGGUGAGAGCUCCUGAGCCUGGCACCCCUGUCCCCAGCCCUGCCUCAUUUCCCUUCACACAUGUUGGACUCCAGCAACCUGUUCUCCAAACCCGUGCCAUACAUGUCCACUUCCAGGUCUUUUUCCAGGCUGCACCUGACGCCCAGGAUGCCUCCCCACCACCUGUGUGUGUCCACCCCUACCAGCCCUCCGAGGCACUGCUCAACCCAAGCAGCCAGCAAUUGAGUUUUAUUUUUCAGAUGUCCCCUGGCCCUCUGUCUCCUCUUAACAGCCUUGAUCACAGUCUACCCAGAAUUCUCAGGACUUGGGGAACUCGUCCUACCGCCCCAGUGGCUGGAUCAAGGUCCCACACCUGUUACUUUGUCCAUUGGCCUUCAACGCAGAGCACGGGGCAUGGCUCAAUGAAUGGCUACAGACUGAAUCAAUAAAAAUAAUGUUCCUCUGCCACGGCCCAUCCCCCAAAGGCCCUCACACAUCAAUACAGAGACUCAAGUUCAUCUAGAAAGCAGCCAGUUGAGUCAAUUGUGAAACCUCAAAUUUACCCAGAUUCACCUCUCUUCCCCAUUUUACCUCUGUGUUGGGUUUUUUGACUCUUUCUUGUUUCCCUCUUGCUCCUCUAACCUCUGACACCCAGGCUUGACCUCUUCAGAGUUCCCCACUUUCCCUUUCUCCUUCCCCAAAUAACUGAUAACCAACUUUAUGCUACAGUGUGAAUGACUACCCUUGGCUUGAUAUUGCAAGCUCUAAUUAUAUUUCUAUAAGAAAAGAGGGCAAAUGCUUAAGAGGCCAAAGGGUUGAAUGGAAAAGUUUUAGGAACUGUUUGGGAGGGGGACGACGUGGAACUUUCCUGGCCCUGGGAGUGUGUAGGGUAUAGUGAAGGGAAAGAGCCUUGGGUGGAGAUUGUUCUCACCUGGGAGGGGCCAGGAUAAGGCCUGGGACUUGGGGCUUUUCUGCACUUUCUUGGGGACAAUAGAUUCCCCAGGUCAAGGAAAUAAACUUUACACGUGCUCGUUUCUCUCCAAGGGAGCGUGGUGCAGUUUAGCAGGGUGGUUGAUGCUGUGUGAAUCUAAGGAGACCACUGACCCUCUCUGAGCCUCGCUUGAGAAUGAGAAGACCCAUAUUAUGGGGUUGCUGUGGGGUUCAGGUCCAAGACAUGGGGAACAAAACUCAGUGUCUUCCAGGGCCCAGAGCCCAGGGUCAUCUGCCCACCGUGAACACUGAAAGUGUUAACCUGCCCACUGCCUGCGCACAGGGCCCUCAAGCGUCCUGGGAUUGCUCUCCCCUCCUGUCCUGCCCCGGUCCCUCGGGCCUUCUGAAAAAUAAACCCUCUACCACAGUGUCUGCUUUGUUCCUUGGCAUUUGCUUUCCCUGGGAGGUGGGGCAGGGGGCACG